CUAGGCGAGCUAGUGGCGUGAAGUUGAUAACUCAAAUUCCAAUGAUUAUAGGAAUGGAUCAUAUCAAUAUAAUCUGUACUUGUAGUUGUUCUGAAGUCAGAUGGGUCCUCUACCGUCCUCUGCGAAGUUCCGCAGUAGACGACUUUAUCUGUUGGAAAUACCUACUCAGAACACUCCAAGAGCAGAGCAGCGAGUGUCUUCCGCAAGAUAUUUUCCAUUGUCGCGCAUCAUUGUCAGUCUAUAUCCUAUGCUUCUUGUAG